AUGAUAUUUUCAAUCGGGGACCAGAAAAAGAAGUACGAGACAAAAGAGGAUGUCUCUGAAGUCGUUGGGGAAAUAAGAAAGACUCUGGAUGAACUCGUUGAGGUCGACCUGUCUGGAAAUUAUUUUUCAGAAGAAGCCAUGGAGGAAAUAUGCAGUGCUCUUAAGGAUGCCAAGAGCCUCCGCAUAAUCAAUCUGUCCAGUGCGUUCCUGGGCCUCGACAAGGAGAAAUUGUACAAUAAUCUUGUUGUGCUUUCAAACAUGCUUAGAAAUCACAGGAUCCAGAAGAUCGAUCUUAGUGACAAUGCUAUAAGCUCUGAGUUUCCACCAGAGCUUGGGGAGUUUAUUUCCUCGUCUACAGACCUCAUCCACCUGAAAAUGAACAACUGCGGGCUUGGGAAGAUUGGAGGAAGUAGACUGGGGAACUAUCUUCUUGGAAUAGCAGACAAAAGUAAGCUCGAGGUUGUGGACAUAGCCCAGAACAGAUUCUUUUCCUUUCCCAAGGAGCUUUCUGAUGCACUCCAGGAGUUUGAAAACAUCAAGGAGCUUCGAAUCCAGUACAAUACAAUUGAGGAGGAGACGAUGCUCUCGUUCCUGCGGUCGUUCGGCAGCCACUCUCUUGAGGUGCUCGACAUAAGAGACAACUUUUUGUCGCCCGAGGGAUCAAGGUAUCUUGGAGACCUCUACUGCGAAUGGAAUCUGAAGGAGCUCAGGGUUGGAGACUGUAUGAUGGGCAACGAGGGGGUGAAAGAUUUCCUCAGGAGGGCGAGCAAGAAGUUCACGCCUAUGUCCCUUCCGGGAGACUACAACAGCAGAAGAGAGGGGAUUGUCCUCGACAUAUCCUACAAUGAGUUUGAGCAGGAUGCUGUCGAGCCGCUUAUAGAUUUCUGCAAGAGAAAUGUUAUCAAAGAGCUCAGUGUGUUUGGAAACUACUACGACGACAUAAGAGACGUUAUCGAGGUUGUUGAGAAGCAAGGAGGGGUUGUCACGACAAAAGAGCACACCGAUGUCUCGAGCGAUGAGGGUCUUGAGAUUGACGAGUCUGUGAUUGAAGGGAUCGCCGACAUGUGA